AUGCUGAGAAUCUGGAGAGACUAUAAGGCUCAGGUGGUUGCCGCAAUCCUCCUACUGCUGUUGUCUCGGGCAGGAUGCGGAACCAGGGCAAAGGAAGACUUCAGUCUGGUGCAGCCGUUGGUGACCAUGGAGCAGCUGCUGUGGGUGAGCGGGAAGCAGAUAGGCUCUGUGCACACCUUCCGCAUCCCGCUCAUCACGGCCACUCCUCGGGGCAUUCUCCUCGCCUUCUCUGAGGCCCGAAAAAUGUCUACAUCCGAUAUGGGGGCCAAGUUCAUCGCUCUGCGGAGGUCUUUUGACCAGGGAAACACAUGGUCCCCAACAGAGUUCAUCGUAGAUGAUGGGGAUACCUCUGAUGGACUGAACCUGGGGGCAGUAGUGAGUGACGCUGAGACAGGAGUGGUGUUCCUUUUCUACUCCCUCUGUGCUCAUAAGCUCGGCUGCCAGGUGGCCUCCACCAUGUUGUUGUGGAGCAAGGAUGAUGGCCUUUCCUGGAGCAAACCCAAGAACCUCUCUGUGGAUAUUGGCACCGAGAUGUUUGCCCCUGGACCAGGUUCCGGCAUUCAGAAACAGCGGGAGCCACGGAAAGGCCGGCUCAUCGUGUGUGGCCAUGGGACACUGGAGCGGGAUGGUGUCUUCUGCCUCCUCAGCGAUGACCAUGGAGCCUCCUGGCACUAUGGGAGUGGGGUCACUGGCAUCCCCUAUGGCCAGCCCAAGCAGCAACAUGAUUUCAACCCUGAUGAGUGCCAGCCCUAUGAGCUCCCCGAUGGCUCCGUUGUCAUCAAUGCCCGGAACCAGAACAACUACCACUGCCACUGCCGAAUGAUCCUCCGCAGCUAUGAUGCCUGUGACACACUGCGGCCCCGCGAUGUGACCUUUGAUGAAGAACUCGUGGACCCUGUGGUAGCUGCAGGAGCUCUAGCCACCAACAGUGGCAUUGUCUUCUUCUCCAACCCAGCCCAUGAAGAGUUCCGAGUGAACCUGACCCUACGUUGGAGCUUCAGCAAUGGUACCUCGUGGCAGAAAGAGAGACUCCAGCUAUGGCCAGGGCCCAGUGGCUACUCCUCCAUGGCAGUCCUAGAGGACAUCAUGAGUAAGAAGGGACAGGCUCCCCAGCUCUAUGUCCUGUAUGAGAAAGGCCGGCACCAGUGCACAGAGAGCAUCUCCCUGGCCAGGGUCAGCAUCUAUGGGAUUUUCUAA